AUGCAGUACAACAAAGACUGGAAAAUUAUUAAGCGAAUUUACAAAAUGAUAACAAUGAAAUCGCAAAAAAUCAACCAGAAGGUGAACUUGUUUCCUCUUGCUUCUCAAUACUUUUGUCCAUCAUGUUUACAUGGAGAACAUAGCAGGAAGAUUUGUUUUGCGUAUAACAAUACAUAUUUUAUUAUCGCUGUAAAAAUGAGGUAUGCUUGGGCAGAAGUAGUUUUGGCCCAUUUUAGGAGUAGAUGUUUAGAGUAUUUCCAAGAGUUAAAGAAGAAAAAGUGGAAACAUAAAAGAAAAAUUUCAAACAAACAGUUUGAGUUUAGAAGCGACAAUAAUAAAACAAUAAAAUACAUAUUAAGCGCAAAACCAUUUUACUUAGAGGUUUCCGGAAAUGUCCAAUUAGUUUCAAUUACUAUUAAGACGUUUGAACUAACGGCCUGGGUUUUUCAACUGAAAUUCCAGAUGAUAGUGAUUUUUAAGAAAAAAUAUUGUGGAUUUUUGUUUCAGUUUAAAAAAAAUGUCUACUCUAAAAUCGUUUUUGAGUCAAAAAUUUGGGUUAGAUAUUUAGGUCGUAGUAGAAGACCUGCGAACAUUGAAGUAAUUUUACUGCUGUUAUUUGUGUUUAUUUAUUUUGCUAUGCCUCAAUUAUUUGUUCAACUCAUUGUUUGGGUUUCAGGCAGGUUAUUUUUUUGUCCCAUUACCAAACCAUUUUCCUGGAAGAAGGCAUUACUGAUAGUAUCAAAUCAUUUCUGUCUUCUUUGUAAUUUUUAUUUCUCUUGUGCUUGUCCAUCUACUAGGUACCUUCUAACCCACUCCAACUUAUUUAAUUUGUUAGAGCAACCUUUUAUGAAAAGAAUAUUUCUAUUUUUCCACUCUAUUUUUAUGAAUAAUACUGAAUUCCACGCUCAAACUUGUGCAGCGCUUUUCAAUGGACAUUCAAGGUCCCUGCAAUUAAUAGCUAGGACAGAUGGUCAUAAAAAUCACUUAAGGGAUAAAUCAGCGUCUAAAGUGGGUUUUUCGUCAAAUAAUAAGCAGAUAUUUAAUAGCAGGAACAUUAAUUACAAAACCUUCUGUCAUUUUGGAGCUUUUUUGUAA